UUAAAUGAUUGUCAAAUAUAUUUUAUAUUUUUAAUUUUUAUCAAAAGUAAAACAAAAUUUUUUUUUAAUAAAAAAAAUAUAAUAACGAAAACGUUACAAAACGCAUCUUUAAUCUUAAAUUUUAUCUCUCUAAUCAGAAUUAUCGUGGAUUCUUGAAUAACAUCACAUCCAAACCAUUCCUAUUAUUAUUGGACUUACAAUAAAUCCCAUUUAGCAUUAAACCUUACUUUAAUUCAACUAUUACAAUGAAUUCAGUAAUGGUGCGUGGACACAAACUAAAGUCAUUAGUUUGUUGUGCACUCUCUCUCUCUCUCUUUCUCUCUCGUUGGGAGUGACUAUCUUAGGCGCAUGAAAGAGUUUAGAUGCCAUAGCCAUCGCUUCUAAUGUCCACACGACCACUAAUGUUUAUUGGAUAUUCUAUUCUGGGCCUUCCUAACCCCGCGCAAAUUCUCUCUCUCCCUCUCCCUCUCUCUGUCCGUCCCCCGCCCCCUUAACAUGGUCUGGGUUCGUUGUCUCCUCCAACUCUCUCAUUCCCCUGGAUUCUUCUGGUCAUUUUGUACAUCCAACAAAUAAUAUAUCAAAAUGCCAGAGAUUCAGUUGGGAGGGCACACUAUUAAAUCCCAUGGAGCCAAGUUGGCAAGAGAGCAUAUGCAUGACUGGCUAAUUCUCCUGCUCCUUGUUGCCAUCGAUGGUUGUUUGAAUGCAGUAGAACCUUUUCAUCGAUAUGUCGGGGAAGGGAUGAUGACAGAUCUGAAAUACCCUUUCAAGACAGAUACUGUGCCUAUGUGGGCUGUUCCAAUCUUUGCAAUUCUUUUGCCCUGCACCAUAUUUCUGAUUUAUUAUAAUUACAGAAGGGAUGUCUAUGAUUUGCACCAUGCUGUAUUGGGUAUUCUAUACUCUGUCCUGGUAACUGCAGUUAUCACGGAUUCAAUUAAAGAUGCAGUCGGUCGGCCACGACCAAACUUCUUUUGGAGAUGUUUUCCCAAUGGAAUACCGGCAUUCAAUCCCCUUGAUGGCAAUGUUCUGUGCACUGGGGAGAAGAGAAUCAUAAAGGAAGGAUACAAAAGCUUCCCAAGUGGGCACACUUCAUGGUCCUUUGCUGGUCUUGGAUUCCUUGGGUGGUAUUUAUUAGGGAAAAUUCAAGUGUUUGAUCGUAGGGGCCAUGCUGCAAAACUCUGUAUUGUUAUCCUCCCAUAUCUUUUUGCUGCACUCAUUGGAAUUUCUCGUGUGGAUGACUAUUGGCAUCAUUGGACAGAUGUAUUCGCUGGAGCCCUCAUAGGAUCGGCUGUUUCUACAUUAUGCUACUUGCAGUUCUUUCCAUUACCACAUCACGAAAAUGGUUGGGCACCUCAUGCAUUUUUCAGAAUGCUGGAAGAAAACGAUGUUCACCUCUCAAUAGCGAUGGAAACAUCUACGGUCACAAAAUCUAGUUCACAAAAUGCAACUGCAGAGCUAGAAACUUUGGAAUGUGGUAGGAAUUAAUUCUAGAGUUUUCUGUUUCAUAAAAUCUGUACAUGCAAGAUUUCAAUUUGUAUCAUUCUUAAUAUAUAACAAACCGAUCCAAAUUUUUUUUUUGGGUCUGCAAUUCAUAUUCAAU